UCCAGAGAUUCGCAAGGUAUUUGGUCGGAUUAGCUGUCAAUUUCCGACAAAAAAUCUAUUUACAGUAGGAUGAAAAGAAGGCUCAAGUCUCUCUUUAGAUUAACGAAUCGCUGAUCGUUAUAAAGUGUAAUAUCUAAAUAGCUAGGUAGUCUGCAUUUUCCCUUGUAGGACUAAUUCGUCAUAGCUAGUAUUUUAGUAAUCUUUUUUUUAUUUUACUUUUCAUCCACUGACGCAAACGACUUUCGAAAGGAUGUCUUCGGACGAAGACAGGGCAAAGGAGAUUCUGAAGGGUUUUAAACUAAACUGGAUGAACUUGAGGGAUGCAGAGACAGGGAAGGUUCUCUGGCAGGGUACUGAAGAUCUGUCUGUCCCUGGUGUAGAGCAUGAAGCUCGGGUUCCGAAGAAGAUCCUAAAAUGUAAAGCAGUCUCCAGAGAGCUUAACUUUUCCUCAUCUGAAAAACUGGAGAAGUUCCGUCUGGAGCAAAAGGUUCUCUUCAAAGGCCAGUGUCUAGAAGAGUGGUUCUUUGAAUUUGGCUUUGUGAUACCCAAUUCUACAAACACAUGGCAGUCUUUGAUAGAGGCUGCACCAGAGUCACAGAUGAUGCCUGCUAAUGUGUUAACUGGAAAUGUCGUUAUAGAGACAAAGUUCUAUGAUGAUGAUCUUCAUGUCAGCACCUCCCGAGUACGGCUAUUCUACGUCUGAGGUGGGAAGCGGCUACUUUUAAAUAAAAAGAAAGAUGUACACAUUCCUAUGAGCUUUUCUGGCCAGAGGAGACUGUGCAUAAUACUGUUGUCAUGGUGCUAUGAUAAUGGUACUAGAGGGAACAAUCUGAGCAAACCAAAUUUCAGGUCAAAUGUUGACACCAGUAUAAUGGCAUAUAAAGACUUUUAUAUAAGAGCAGUGAUGCUCGUUGCUACCUGUUCAUGUAAAUUUUCAUUUGUAAUUUUAUUUCCCUUUUAUCCGGUUUUAUCCUGCAUUGUAUACUGCUUCAUUGUCUUCUAUUUUUAAACAUUUCCUUCUAGUCUUUGAGUUUGGCUGAAAUCAUUGUGGGGACUUUUGUUUAUUUUACUUUUUAGGAAAAACUGUAAGAUAGUGUUUAAAUACAUGAUGUAUUUAUGGAUUAAAAUAAUGAUAUCCUGGA